CGCUUUUUGCACGGGCUGUGGGGGCCGCAGUGUGGUUUGGCUGUGCACGUGCCGCCGCGCCUAGCGUGUGCCAGCAGCGCUUGCCCAGCUGACUGGGAAGGACGCCUAAGCCCAACGCAAUCAAAAUUUGAUGCAAGUGGGUAGUUUUUGCGUGCUUUUUGCGCUUUUGCAAAGUCCUUGCUGACAACCCGCACGUUGCGGGUCCGCUUCCUUCGGUUUCCUCUGCACGGGUCCUGGCUGUCGCGAGCCGUUCACGGACGCUGCGACGGAUCGCGGGGGACCGCGGCGCCGACAGCUGUGCUUAGCACUCUCCACCAAGUUGGCUAGAAAACGCGAGCGAGGCGCCGCGCACCCCGCUGUGCUGCUUCAAAGCUCUGUACUAUAUUGCAUAUUAAUUUCCAAGCGAGAAAACCGCGUCUUUUACCUCGCCCGAGACAAGAAACGCAGCUUUUUACCAGCAGCCGAAGACGUCGUCAGACUGAUCGCGCGAAGCCACUAGGAAUCACGCGCAGGCCCAAAGUCAAGUCCCACAACACGAUGGAAGAGCCUGGCAUCGAGCCCGCCGCCAAGUCCGGACUCCGGCCGCGCCGCCGCCCGUCGGCCCGGGCGAGCGCCCGGCGUGGAACGCAACCGUCGCUUCGAAACUCACACGAAACACGCAGGCCACGGACAACUACCUCACGCCCGCCCAGCAGACGAACUUCAAGACGAGACCCACGACGCGACGACUCGUCAAGCCGCCCGACUACGCGGUGCCGUCGGACUGGCGCACGGAAGGUAGUAGAUACCUGAGGCGGUGGGUCAUCCGUUCAGUGGUGGGCUUGGACGGCAUCCUCAAACCGCAACUCGGCUACAUCGCGGCCUGGCUGAGCGCGAAGGAGAGCGACUUCCAGAACAGUCGCGGCCGGUCCGCCGGUCUUUAUAGAUGCGUCUACGUCGGUGGGGAAUUAGAUGGCGACGCCGAAGAUUUAGAGUUGCACGAGACCACGGCGACGCUCUGGCAGCACGCCUGUGGCGGGUGCAACGCCUUCGCCGUGGAUCCCGAGGUCCUGCGUCGCCACUGCGCGACCUGCAAAAGCUACAAGCGCAAGGUCGACGCCGACGCGGCGGCCGCGGCCGCGGCGCAGGCCGCGUUGGACCUGAAGAAGCGGCCCGCCGACGGCGGCGCGACGACGCGCGGGAAAGCUAGACGCGUCGAGGAGACGGCCCCGAAGGCGCCCCCGGGUCCUCUCCCCGGCGCACGCGCGGCGCCGUACCCGUUCCACGCCCUGCCCGGGGCCGCGGCGCCGCCGCCGCAGCGCAAGCUGACGAUCCGCCUCCCGGCCGGCGCCGGCGCGGCGGCCGCGACGCCGCCCGUCGCGCCGGCGCAGCGCAUGCCGCCGCGCGCGCCGCGCAUCGGCGCCCAGUACCAGGCCGACACGGAGCUGCCCGAGCCCGAAACCGCGCCGCCGCCGCCCGUCGCCGUCGCCGCCGCGCGGACGCGCACGAUGCCCCUCGUGCCGCGGCCGUCCUACGAGUUCGACGUGAGCGCCGGUUUGUCGAUCGACAUCGCGCUGAAGCGCGGCCGCGGCCUCGCGCCGCUCGUGCUGCGCCUCGGGCCGCGCGAGGCCGUCCUGUACCGCGCGGACCGCGACGGCGGCGCGGACCCGGAGCGCGUCGUCGCGCGCGCGGCGCUGCCGGCCCAGUAG